AUGGGUCUCUUGGGUGUGUCGCUCAUCAUCGCUUCCUUUGCCUACGUCCUCAUUCGCCGACCUGCAUGCUUGUCGCUCGUCUUCACCCGAUGGCGAGCCUUUGUAGGAGCCGCCGCCGAGGCGAAAGGGAAGGACGGGAAGGACGACAAGGCGGGAGAUGCAGACACAGAACUGGACACGGCGCCGAGGAUACAGGAUGGGAAACCGGUCUCCAGAAGCUCGGGGCUGUCGCCACGCCUCACAGGGGCGUCUCGGCGGAACGGAGUGCCUCCCGACAGGAUGGCGAUGCCGCCACCUCCCCUGCCGAAGCUGACAGUCGGCUCUCCUGCCAUCGAUGAGCCAUCCUCGACUCCCUCGGCUCUCAUGCCUCCACCUCCACUGCCGCCGCUUUCCCGUCCAUCGGGCGGCCGCAUCCCGACGCUCCCUAAAGCUCAAUUCCCGGCGGCGAACUCGGCCCAGAGGGCUCGCGGUCCGGCCCCGAACCGCUCGUUACCUUCCCUCGCCGGCGGUGGCGGCCUGCUUCCCCCUCCCACGCUCGCGUCGAAGCCGCAGAAGCCAUCGAAGAAAGUGGUACUCGAUCCGGGCCACUCCCCGCUCGACUGGGCACGCAUCUCGGGCCCCGAUGCCGACCUCCGCGGUCUACCGCCCUCGACGCCCUACAUCCGUGUCACCCCUUCGAUGCUGAAAAAGCAGACAGGCCGGAAGGGCAAGGAUGCCUGGAUGGCUCUGAAUGGAAAGGUCUACAAUGUCACCCCCUACGUCGACUUUCACCCGGGCGGUGUGCCGGAGCUGAUGCGUGGAGCGGGCCGCGACGGGACGAAGCUCUUUGGAGAGAUUCAUCCAUGGGUGAAUUACGAGACAAUGCUCGCAGCCUGCUUGGUGGGGUUGAUGGUGGAGGAGCCGACGGCUGGCGCGUCGGAGAUUGAGAUGGACCAGAUGGACUAG